GCUAUGUCUUUUGAGAACUAUGUCAGAGACUUGGCUUACGUGAAAUCUGGCACUUUCUCUGAUCUCGUCUUGGAGCUUGGAGAGAAGAGCUGGCAGACUCACAGGGUUCUCGCAGCGUGCCAUUCGGAAUGUUUUCGGAAGGCUCUCACCAGCGAAUUCAAGGAAUCGCACACUGGAUCUAUUUCCCUGCACGACGACCCUGUAUACCUGAAUGCUAUCGAUUGCAUGGUAUCAUACUUUCAUCAAGCGGAAUACAAUUGCUCAGACUACACUAUACCCGAGUCCCUCCUUCAUGCGCAAGUCGCAAUCAUCGCUGAUAAAUACAUCUGUGGCUCCUUGUAUGAUCUUGCACGAACAUCCUUUUUGAAGACUAUUCAAGAAGUUGAUAGCAGAAGCUGGGGAGUUGUUGCUGCCUUCAUUUACGACUACACAACAACCGCGGUCGCGGGCCAUAUCGAACUGCGAGAUAUAGUUGUCGGUGCUGUUGCAGGCAGUCACUCGGUAUUACAGAAAACUCUGAAAGAUUCAAGUAUUACCGAACUCCUCCGUUCAAAUGCGGACAUAGCGACGGACCUCUUGCUUGGUGGGCGGCAUGGAAGCAGGGCAAAAGAUGUCUCAGAGCACCAUUUCGUGUGUGGUUACUGUUACUACAGCCACAGUGGAUCUUGCAUGUGUCCGAAAAUAAUGAACAGAAAUGUCUGUCCUAGCUGCGGAAGGCGUGAAGAGGAUCUCUACAGGCAGAAACUGAUCAUUCAUUCAGCAGUUUCGUGCCCAGAUUGUGAUGGAUUUCAUGGAACUCAGGCUCCUGAACCUGAGUUUGACUUUUAA